UAUCACUGCUCAGAGUGUGGGAAGAGUUUUAUUAAGCAGAGUAAUCUCAAACAACACCAGCAUAUUCACACAGGAGAGAAGCCAUAUCACUGCUCAGAGUGUGGAAGAAAUUUUACUAUGCAGAGUAGUCUCAAACAACAUCAGCGCAUUCACACAGGAGAGAAGCCGUAUUACUGCUCAGAGUGUGGAAGCAGUUUUUCUCGUCAGACUAUGCUCCAAAAACACCAGCGCAUUCACACAGGAGUGAAGUCAUUUCAGUGUUCAGAGUGUGGAAAGAGUUUCACUCAAAGUAGUGACCUUAAAGUACACCAGCGUGUUCACACAGGAGAGAAGCCGUAUCACUGUUCAGAGUGAGGAAAAAGUUUUGCUGUCAGCAGUGCCCUUAAAAUACACCAGCGCAGUCACACAGGAGCAAAGCCAUAUCACUGCUCAGAGUGUGGAAAGAGUUUUGCUGAACAGGGUAACCUUCAAAAACACCAGCGUAUUCACACAGGAGAAAAACCAUAUUACUGCUCAGAAUGUGGAAAGAGUUUUGCUGCACAGGGUAACCUUCAAAAACACCAGCGUAUUCACACAGGAGAAAAACCCUAUAACUGCUCAGAGUGUGGAAAGAGUUUUGCUCGACAGGGUAACCUUCAAAUACACCAGCGUAUUCACACAGGAGAAAAACCUUAUAAUUGCACUGAGUGUGGAAAAAGUUUUGCUGAAAGUAGUACCCUUCAAAUACACCAGCGUAUUCACACAGGAGAGAAACCGUAUAACUGCACUGAGUGUGGAAAGAGUUUUACUCAAAGUAGUGCCCUUAAAGUACACCGACGUAUUCACACAGGGGAGAAACCGUAUCACUGCUCAGAGUGU